GUGUCAACAACCGCAUUUAUGCUAAAAGUUUAAUUCUUUAAAAUGUAUUUUUUUCCAAGCGACUUGACACAAAGACAACGAGGCACAUGAAGUGCAAUGCUAUGAGUUACUGAACUUUUGGGUAAUCACGUUUACCGUUACACUUUUAGAAAGGCUAAUUUUACGUCAUCCGUUUAAAACAGAUUUAAGACGACAAAACACCAACAAACGGAUGAUUCCGCUAUAAUUCUGAACACGAAUCUUAUACACACUAUUCACUGAGGUGGAAAAUGAAAGCUGCGUGUAUUCCGCCGAGUAAACAAACACUAACCAGUGUGGGUCUGGUCUGACCUAAUGGCUAAGCGAUUGCUCUGGGAGAGACGUGAAAACGCCCACUCUAGACUUGUUGAACUCGACACCAAAUUACAUUCCGUUACCGGAGCGAGUUUGCAGAAGUCUAUAGAGCUCUUUUCAGAAUGGAUGUUUUAGCAGUUCCCCAAAACAGAGAAGAGGGCUGGUACUUGUCUCUUAUGGCACCAAACACAAAAGGACCAAAGUUUGCAUGGCUUGAUCCAUCAAGACUCUAUUGCAAUUCCCAGGCACUGUCAGAUUGUGUAAAAGAUCUUCUCAAACCAUUCCAGAAUGAGACCAUUGACCUGGUGGCUGGAAUAGAUGCCAUGGGCUUCAUCCUCGGGUCAGCUGUAGCCACAGCAUUGGGAAAAGGAUUUCUGGCUAUUCGUAAAGCAGGACACUUAUGUGUUGAAACUCGCACUCAGGACUACAGCGACUAUUCUGGACGAGAGAAACUCAUGGAAGUGCGUGUUGAUGUGUUAAAGCCAGGUUUACGGGUUCUUUUAGUAGACCAGUGGAUUGAGACUGGAGGAACCAUGAGAGCUGCUAUCAAACUGGUGGAGAAUCAAGGAGCUAUUGUUGUAGGUAUUGCUGCUGUGGCCAUUGAAAACAGCGAGGGAGGAAAAUGGCUGAAGGAAAACUAUAAAUAUUCCCACUGCAUUCCGAAAGAGCUGCAAGCUCAAAUAGACAGUCAAUAUCUGGAGUAUUUUAAGAACUUCAGUGUUUAAAUGCAUGGAAAUCAGGCACAUAUUCAAAUGGAAAUGUAAUAUUUCAUAUACAGUAUAUUGCAUUUUGUCAGAAUUUAAACGUUUUCUAUAAAUCCUCAUUGCAAAACA